AUGAAGAAAUUGGCAUGGGUACUUGAGCAAAGGCAAGAUGAGGCUCGUGACAGGGGAACUCGUGCUUUUAGACCCAAUUGUGUGACGUGUAAUAAAAGUAUCUCGACAACCAAAGUGGCGACGUGCAAGCUUUGCUUUAAUGGAAUCUGCAGCUCAUGUAAAAUUACGAAAAAGCUAAGCUUUAUCACACCUGAUCUGACCCUUUUACAGCGCAAAGUUCCAUUCUGCGUUAAGUGUUUGGUGGAGGCAACUAAAUUGGAUACGCAAGAAGUAGCACGCGAACAAUUGGAAAAGAAGAAUGUCCCUUACGCAUUGUAUGGUACGUCAGUAGCAUCCGAUCUCAGUACAUGUUCAGAGAGCACAAUAACUGGGUAA